AUGAACCAUCCACCACCCCAGAUAACUCCAUCAAUAUGGAGGGAAAUGGUUGAGAAAUGGGCUAACCCGAAUUGGUUGGAAAUAAGUGAUAAGAACAAAAAGAAUCGGGAGAAGAGUGAGCUUGCAACCACUAGCGAUUCAGCACCUUUGGCCAAGUACAGAUAUGAGGAGGACAAAAAUUGGGCUAGCUCAAAAGCAAAAGACCUGCAUGAUGGUAUAAUAGAAGCAGAUGCUGCAAAGGUAUCCCAAGGGGAAGAACCAAAUAGAUUUUCCAUCUAUCAAGAAGUGAUAGGACCACAACACCACAAGCGUGUUCUAGGGAUGGGCCAUGGAAUGAGCUCGAGACUUGGAGUGCGGCUGCUAGAGUCAUUCGACAUGGAUAACGAUGAGUCUGACGAGGAGACUACCGACGAGACUAAUGCUGCAUGA